UUCCUGGCAGGUCAAAGUAUCUACAAAUACACCAGUACUCUAUAGCUUCUUUCCUGCACGACAAUCGGUAGUUUUGGCAACAUCGAUAUUGAUUGACUGCUCUCAAAUUACAACGUCCUUUUGAGCUUUUGCUUAGCUCUCUUGCCGCAAUGGCGGCAGUGGACAGCGUCGCCCAGGCGCUGGCCUAUUUGCAAGUGCACUCGCCCCAGGAUGGCACGUCUAUGUAUGACCACCUAGUCAAACUAGUUAGCAAGGUGCUGGAGGACCAGCCAAAGAAUGCGGUGGACCUCCUGGAGACAUCCCUGCUGGUGAAGAAGUCCACCUUCGACCCGAAGGAGUCAUCCCCGCUGGUGCCCAUCCCAGUGGCUCCUGAUGCGACGCAAACGCAAGCGGCUGUAAGCAUCUUUGGGGACCCGGAGCUCCCCAUCAACCCAGCCACGGGAGAGCCGGUGCCGGCGGAUCCGCCUAAUGAGUUUGAGGCGGAGAACAUGCUGGGCGCGGCCGCGGUGCUGGACUGCCUGGGCGUGGGCCUGGGCCGCGAGCUGGGCGUCAACAUCGCGCUGGCGGCCAAGCGCAUCGGCGAGGACCCCAAGCUUGCGGUCCGAUCGGUGCGCUUCUUCGGCAAGUUCCUGGGGCUGUACUCGGACUACUUCGUGUUCGAGGUGGCCUUCAAGAAGGAGGCGGCCAAGGAGGCAGCGCCCGCGGCGCCUGCGCCGGAGCGUGUGGAAGGGGAAGCUGCCUCCUCCUCCGCGCCCGAGGUGCCGGUCGAGGAGCCAGGCAAGGGCGCCAACAAGUUCACCUACCUGGUGUGCAGCAGCCUGGGAGGCCCGCUCACACGCCUGCCCGACGUCACGCCGGCGCAGGUCAAAGCCAGCCGCCGAAUCAAAAAGCUGCUCACCGGCCGCCUCACCAGCCAUGUGUCCACCUACCCCGCCUUCCCCGGCAACGAGGCCAACUACCUGCGCGCCCUCAUUGCGCGCAUCAGCGCCGCCACCGUGGUGGCGCCCUCCGACCUGUUCUCGCUCAACGACGAGACCGGCGAGCUGGAGCGGGCGGAGGACUGGGAGCCGCCCGCAGGCCGCGAGAUGGCCGCGCCCACCGCCUGGGUGCACGUCCGGCCGCACCUGAAGAGCCAGGGCCGCUGCGAGGUGCACAAGCGCGAGCUGCCCGAGGACGCGGACGAGGACGAGUUCUACAACGAGGACGAGCUGGAGGAGGGGCCCGACCUGCUGGCGGCCCUGGAGGAGGACGCGCAGCUGCCCGGCGAGCAGGCCGCCUGGACACCCAUCUACAGCAGCGCCAGCGAGGCGGUCAAGACGCAGGCGGGCGGGCUGCGCAGCCUGGUGUGGCCGGGCGCGGUUUGCGGCGGCCGCGGCAGCGAGUGGACAUGCGUGUACGUGGGCUGGGGCGUCAAGAACGCGCCGUUCGUGCCGCUGCCGCCGCCCCCUGUGGCACAGGAGUUUGCGUGGGGCGAGGUGGAGACGCAGGAGCUGGAGCUCAAGCCCGCACCGCCGCCGCCGGAGGAGGAGGCCGAGGCGGACGAGUAGGCGGUGGUGGCUGUGGGGAACGUGGGGCGCACAUGGUCGCAGAAGCAGAGGGGAUCGCGCGGCCUGUGCCGGUGUAUGGACGCGUGGGGUUAUGCUGAUGAUGCAUGGUCUAAAUGGUUGGUCAGGGUCUUUACUUGGUGAGACCGUGAGAAGUGCACUGCGUGGGAGGGGUAGCACUGUGGCCGAGAGUUUUGCAAGCAGGGACCACCAAGUCAGGGAAUGAAGUAAGGCUGAUGGUGGUAUUCCUGGGCUGCACGUCAACGUUUCGGGGACGAGACUGCACGGGGUCAGUGCAAGACCUGCCGGUGCGCUCUGAACUGGAUGGAAAUGCGAUGAGGAGAAGAAGGCAGAACACUGUAAAUACAUGGCAGU